AUGUCGGAUAAAGGGAGCAGCAUGGACGGGAAGACAGACAUAGUGAACGGCAGCUUGUCCAGCAGCCCAGAGGAGAUGUCAGCCGAGGAGGGCCGAGAAACCUCCUCGGGCAUCGAGGUGGAGGCCUCCGACCUCAGCCUGAGCCUCACGGGGGACGACGUGGGGCCCAACCGCACCAGCACGGAGAGCCGGGACACGGACACGGAGAGCUCGGGAGAGGAGAAGGACUCUGACAGUAUGGACGACACGGGCCACUACUCCAUCAACGAGGAGAGGCGGGCCCUCGACCGGUCGCACUCGGAGGAGGAAGAGGAAGAGGAGGAGCAGCGUUCCCACCGCCGCGCCCAGCGCAAGCGUGCCAACCACGACCACGACGACGACCUCAAGGUGGUGGUGUGGGACUGGGUCCGCAGGCAGCCGGUGCUGGAGUUCGAGAGCGGCCACAAGAGCAAUGUCUUCCAGGCCAAGUUCCUUCCCAACAGCGGUGACUCCACGCUGGCCAUGUGUGCCCGGGACGGGCAGGUGCGGGUGGCCGAGCUCUCUGCCACCCAGUGCUGCAAGAACACCAAGAGGGUGGCACAGCACAAAGGAGCCUCACACAAGCUGGCCCUAGAACCGGAUUCUCCAUGCACUUUCCUAUCGGCAGGUGAAGAUGCUGUAGUCUUCACCAUCGACCUGAGGCAAGACCGGCCCGCCUCGAAACUGGUGGUGACAAAGGAGAAGGAGAAGAAGGUGGGUCUGUACACCAUCUAUGUGAACCCUGCCAACACCUACCAGUUUGCUGUGGGCGGCAGAGAUCAGUUUGUCAGGAUUUAUGACCAGCGGAAAAUAGAUGAGAACGAGAACAAUGGGGUGCUGAAGAAGUUCUGCCCCCACCACCUGGUGAACAGUGAGUCCAAAGCCAACAUCACCGGCCUGGUCUACAGCCACGACGGCUCGGAGCUGUUGGCCAGCUACAACGACGAGGAUAUUUAUCUCUUCAACUCCUCUCACAGCGACGGAGCCGAGUACAUCAAGAGAUACAAGGGACAUCGCAACAAUGCCACUGGUGAGGGGCAGCUGUGUCCCCUGCUCAGGGGGCUCGGAGCUCUCCCUAGGUCCCUUCCUCUGGUGAACUGCCUCGAGCCCCAUCCCCAUCUCCCCGUCCUGGCCACCAGCGGCCUCGACCACGAUGUCAAGAUUUGGGCACCCACAGCAGAGAAUCCCACUGAGCUGCUUGGCCUCAAGGAGCUGAUCAAGAAGAACAAGCUGGAGCGGGAUGAGGACAGUCUGCACCACACCGACAUGUUUGACAGCCACAUGCUUUGGUUCCUCAUGCACCACCUGCGACAGAGACGCCACCACCGGGUUAGUAGCUAG